UGGGGAAGAACACUGACCUGUCCUAACCAUGCCUCUCCUCCUCCCCUUACUCUCCCGGCAGGAAUGGCGAUCCGCUACCCGAUGGCCGUUGGCCUCAACAAGGGCCACAAGGUGACCAAGAACGUCUCCAAGCCUCGCCACUGCCGCCGCCGAGGGCGCCUGACCAAGCACACCAAGUUCGUACGGGACAUGAUCCGGGAAGUGUGCGGCUUCGCUCCCUACGAGAGGCGGGCAAUGGAGUUGCUUAAAGUCUCCAAAGACAAGCGAGCUCUGAAAUUCAUAAAGAAAAGGGUGGGGACUCACAUCCGGGCAAAGAGAAAGCGUGAAGAGCUCAGUAACGUCCUGGCUGCCAUGAGGAAAGCAGCAGCCAAGAAGGACUAAACUAUUUGGCCCCAUCCUAAUAAAGGUUAUUUCUGCAAAAAAAAA